GCGGGAGUAGUGCGGUAGAAUUCACAGUCAUAAGCAUGAGGUUCCCUUGGAUUGUACGCUAAGGAGGACUCACUCCUCAAUUUCUCUUUCGUGAUGAUACUUUGUCCUUCUCCAUUCUAAUGCCACCGCUUGGACAUAUCUGCGUCCUCCUCCUUCCGCUUCUCAUUAUAUUCCACCUCCGUCCAGUCAAUCCCGUGUCCAUCCCUGCCCCUAGGCCAUAUUACCAGCCCUCAACAUGCAACGGAUUUGCUGAGCUUUGUCAUAAACGAUAUGACGAGGUCUGCUUUGCGGUAACCCACAACGCAUUUGCAGUUGCGCCGUUGGUGGAUGCGACGGCGACCAUAAUGAAGAGUGGUGUUAAUCAAGAUCCUGGGUACAUCUUGGAUUAUCAGCUAGAAGAUGGGUAUCGGGGUUUCAAGGUGGCAGUUUGGCGAAAUAAGACUGGUGAGGUGCAUUUAUGUCAUGGUAAAUGCGAAAACUCUUUUAUCUUCUACGAUGCCGGACCCUUUGUCAACUUCCUUACCACUAUUCGACGAUUUUUGGAUUCAAAUCGAAACGAAAUCGUCACAUUAUUCCUGGAAAAUGUUGCCAACCUAGACGUAAAUACCAUGGCAUCGCAAUUCGAUGCGGCCCAUUUGACACCAUAUGUCUAUGUUCCGCCUGAUGAGGGUCCAAUUCGAUGGUAUACCAUGCAAGACAUGAUUGUGGCGAACACUCGACUAGUCGUUUUCAUGGAUAGGCACUGUGACAUCACACAACAGCCAUGGCUACUCCGACAAUCAAUGUACGUUACCCAAAAUAAUUAUAGAAAUUAUUUUCCCGAACCACAAUUCUUCAAUUGCGAACCCUAUCCUAACCCCCGCAGCGACCGCCGAUCAUUAACCCUUCUCAACCAUCAGCUCAACAUCCUCAUAGCGGAAGGAUCAAAUGGCAUGGAUGAUGUUUACAAACCCGACUACUAUGACCGCCUCACAACAAAUUCACUCGAUUCUAUAGCUGCCCAUAUAUCAACCUGUACAAACAAGAAUGUCCAGGUCAACUUUGUAAGUGUUGACUGGGGUGCAUCGGGACAGACAAUCGCGGCCGUCGAUGCCUAUAACGGGGUAUCGAGACCAGUCAAAGUCCGGUCCUACGAUGCUGUCAUUCAUGAAGCAAGUCGGAAUAUUUCCUCCAUUAUGGAACGAGCCAUGCGCUCUGCGCACCGGUACGUGGAAAAGGAUUCGUUGAUGAUCGGUAUCGACACACUACUUAAAACAUUGGGCGUCGUACUUGGUAUGGGAGUCUGGGGGGCUUUUACGAUCCUCAUGGCUUUUGGGAGAUGGUGGUAGACAUUUAAUAUUUGACAUUCCUAAGGAUAGUUAAAUCUGCGAUUUGUAUGUACCUAAGGCGACGGUGGAUCAAUUCAUAGGGUGGCAAACUGCUGGAAAUUAUCAUAGGUAGUAUAAGGAAAAAGGGUACGGGGAGUAACUGACAAAAGAUACGCAUUUGAG